CUCUGUCCGCCUGUCCUGAACGCCUCCAUUGGACUAGAGGGACCACUAUAAACAUACGAAGAGUCCCAGCGAGAGAAGACCACGUCGCUUUAUCCAAGUCGGACAACUUUUUGUGACUGUUUGUGUUUCCUAGAAAAAAAUAAAAGGCAACAAAACUGCGAGAAGAAGGAGGCUCAAGAUUUGGUCUGCCUCUGCGACUUUUUUGGUUGUUGUUAAGGUUGAGCUCAUUUUGAUGUGAGAAGACGCAGAUUUUUCUUGUUCAUGCCGGAUUUUUAUAUUUUUUUUUAUAUUUUUUAAAGUUAGUUAAAUAACUUAAGGUGGAUUAUCUGUUUGCCGUGAGUUCCAAACCUCGACAAGCAAAGAAGAGUUUCUUCAGCUGGGAGAAGAAAUCGGCAUGUAGCGCAGGAUCAGGGCACCCGUUUGUACUCCUUCUCCUCCUUGUCUUCCUCCUCCUCUCUGGACACCUUUGGGAAUGGGCCAGCGCCUUGCCAGGUUGCAUCUCUCCGCCCGGUGGUGUGGCUGGCGUCGUGCGAGAGUGAGGAGGGCAGCAGCCAGGUCAUAGAGCCCGCCCACCCCUCUCUCUGCUUGCUUGCUCUCGAGUGACAUUUGACCUCUGACUCUGCCACGACCCCGCCUUGACCUCCUGCCAGCCAUGCCCUUCCGGUUGAAGCUGCGGCGCACAAGGCGCUACAAUGUCCUGAGCAAGAACUACUUUGUGACGCGUAUCCGCCUGCUGGACAGCAAUGUGAUUGAAUGCACGCUGUCAGUGGAGAGUACGGGACAGGAAUGUCUGGAGGCGGUGGCCCAAAGGCUGGAGCUGCGGGAGACACAUUACUUUGGACUGUGGUUCCAAGGGAAGACCCAGACCCCGGAAAAACGUUGGGUGGAACUCGAGAAACCCCUCAAGAAGCAGCUGGACAAGUUUGGCAAUGAGCCACUGCUCUUCUUUGGAGUCAUGUUCUAUGUUCCCAAUGUUUCCCGGCUGGAGCAAGAAGCCACCAGGUAUCAGUAUUACCUGCAGGUAAAGAAGGAGGUGUUGGAUGGACGUCUACAGUGCUCUGUAGAGCAGGGGAUCAGGCUCGCUGGCCUGGCAGUACAAGCUGACUUUGGAGACUUCACUCAAUUCCUGUCUCAGGACUUCCUUAGGGAGUACGUGCUUUUCCCAGUGAACUGGCGUAAUGGAGAAGAGGUGCUAGAAGAGUGGACCCAGAAAGUUGCUGAGGAGCACAAGAGUCACUGUCGAAUGCAGGCCGCUGAAGCAGAACUGCUGUACAUCAAGGAGGUGGAAAAACUGGAUGGCUUUGGCCAGGAGAGCUUUCCAGCUAAGGACAACUAUACCAAUGACAUAUUCAUCGGCGUGUCUUUCAUUGGAGUGUUUGUUAAACACAGAAAUGGCAGAUCCAUCAUGCUUCACAAGUGGAAGGACAUUGGUACCAUUGCACACAACAAGUCAGCCAUCACAGUGGAGAUAACGAGCAGAGACGACACCAUCGUUUUUCACAUGGAGGAUAUGGAAAUGGCCAAGUACAUCGCCCGCCUUUUCACAGCCAGACACAAAUUCUACAAACAGAACAAGAUCUGUGCAGAGCCCACUCACUCACCUGCACCAAUGAGGAGGAGACCAACCUGGACUCAUCGCCUGUCUCUGCCACGGCCACAAUCCUGUAACUUCCAGUCAGUGCAUUCCCAGUUUGGAGACCAUUAUCAGGACACACAGAGCUCUCAAGACAGUAUCUUCCAUGAUGACCCGUACUACAAGUCAGAGAGCAGCCUGGAUCGCUGUACAGUGGACUUUACCUACCGAAACGGUAACGUGCCAAACGGAAGCAUGUACAGCAGCCCCAGCCUGAGCUCCCUCAAUCGUUCCCAGAAUUUUGUCCCACCCUCGCCCAUGUCCUCCAACCUCAGCAUCCCUGGCAGUGAGCUCAUGCGGCCUGACUACAUCCCCAGCCACCGUCACAGUGCCAUCAUCGCACCAUCCUAUCGGCCCACGCCUGAGUACGAUGCUGUCAUGCGGCAGAAGCGGUGCAUGCUCCCUGCUCACCAUGACCUUCACAGCCAGUCGCUACGCAGUCUGAACAUCAGCAACGCCUGUGCCUACCGGCAGCCUGAGCCUCUAGUAUACAGCCAGCCAGAGAUGCGAGAGAGGGGCCCUUAUCAUGGUGUGGCACCCAGCCCUGCUCCGUAUACACCACAGAUCACAUAUAGUAAGCCGGUGUCCCAUGGCCCUCAUCAGGGAGGACCAGCCAACAGCCAGGGUCCGUGCCAUUCACCCCAAGUUAAUGAAAGUGGAGGCAGCAGCAGCGGUGGAGGUGGAGGAAGCUCCAUCUCUCAUACAGUCAGCACACCCGAGCUGGCAAAUACCAAACAACAGGGGAACAACAUGGGAAACUAUGCAGCUACAGCCAACAUGCUGAGGAACCACAUGUCGCGGCCUCCUCCACCUUACCCUUCCAGCUCCUUUCGCCCGGCCACCAGCACGCCAGACCUAGCGAGCCAUCGGCAUCGCAUUGGUGGCAGCAGUCCAGAACUGGUUACCCGCAUGGUGCAGCUGUCAGUCAAAACCUUCCAGCCUGACAGCUCAGCUGUGGUGCACCAGUCCCUGCAGGAGGUCAGUGAACCAUUAACUGCAGCUGCUAAGCACCGGUCCACGCUGGGCAAGAGACACAGCAUGGAGGUUAUAAGCAGCAUGAGAGGAGCGAUGGAAGGCCUUGUGAUGAAAGGAAUGAAUGCUCCUCUUCAUCGGCGGAAUACUCUGAGAGAACAUGUGAUGCCAUCUCAGCCUCAGUCCAUUCCCCAGCCUCAAAACUCUCAGUCACAACCUCAGCCGCAACCUCAACCUCAGCCUCCACCUCAGCAGCCAAAAGAGUUGCCCAUGAAGCCUGCCAAGAAUGCACCUGAGGCAGUGACUUAUCAGCACCAAAAGACUCUUUCUAAUGCCACCAUGCUCAUACACAGCAGUGAAAGUGAAGAAGAGGAAGAGGAAGAAGAGGAGAGGCCUGAACUGGACGUUCAAAUUCCAGGUCUCAACGAGGACAUUAGCAUCAGUGCACAACUCCAGGCUGCUCUGGCCAAACUUCCCAAUAAACCCCCUCCAGAAUACCCGGGCCCUCCUAGACCUGCAAGCAAUGCUCAAGCUCGCACCCACACCCACAAUCACAACAACACCCACCACACCAACCAUAAUCAAGGACCACAGGGCAACCAGGGACCAGUGGACCCAAGCCAAGGCCAUGGCUGUGCCCUAAAGACUGGACAGAGCCAGGGUGUUAGUGGGCCUGGGGUUGGUGGUGGAGGUGGUGGUGGUGGGACACUGACCCGGGGGGAUCAGAGUGUUGUGAAUGGAGCAGUUUUAGGUCCAUCCAUUUCAGAACCGGACUUGACCAGUGUGAAGGAGAGGGUGAGGAAGGAGCCGGUCAAAGAGAGGCCAGUAUCAGAGAUGUUUUCCUUGGAAGACAGCAUAGUGGAGAGGGAAAUCGCUCAAAGGACGCUGGAGAGACAGAAGAUGUCUGUGGACUCCAUGAAGAGGCCGCUGAUGAUGGCCGCACUCAACGGGCUCUACGUCGCCCGAAUGCCUGUCCCCGAGAGUCCAGGGGAGGAAGGCGCCAAGGCGGCUACUGAUGAAAGGUGUAAGACCUUGGAGUUGAAGUUAGAAGAAGAGCGGGUCUUUACUGAGUAUGAGCAGGUGCCCAAGAAGAGGGUAGACUGUAUUCUCACAACAGCAACUCUGCCCGAAAAUGCAGAGCGCAACCGUUUCCGAGAUGUUGUUCCUUAUGAGGAGAAUCGAGUUGAGCUUGUACCCAACAAGGAGAACAACACGGGCUACAUAAAUGCCUCGCAUAUCAAGGUCAUGAUCAGAGGGGAGGACUGGCACUACAUUGCUACCCAGGGUCCACUAGCCAACACCUGUGCUGACUUCUGGCAGAUGGUCUGGGAGCAGGGGGUCAACGUUAUCGCCAUGGUUACUGCCGAGGAGGAGGGCGGCAGGUCCAAGAGUCACCGCUAUUGGCCUAAACUGGGCUCCAAACACAACUCAGCCACUCACGGCAAGUUCAAGGUGACCACCAAAUUUCGCACGGACUCGGGGUGCUACGCCACUACGGGGCUGAAGGUUAAACACCUGCUGUCUGGCCAGGAGAGGACGGUCUGGCACCUGCAAUACACAGAUUGGCCUGAGCAGGGCUGUCCUGAAUAUGUACUGGGAUUUCUCUCAUAUCUGGAGGAGAUCCAGUCUGUGAGGAGACACACUAACUCUAUGCUGGACACCUCAAAGAGCCUCAAUCCACCUGUGGUGGUGCACUGUAGCGCCGGCGUAGGUCGUACUGGAGUGGUCAUCCUAACUGAGCUCAUGAUCAGGUGUUUGGAGCACAAUGAGCCCGUGGAGGUUCCCACAAUGCUAUCAGAGCUGAGGCAGCAGAGGAUGCUAAUGGUACAGACCAUAUCCCAGUAUAAGUUUGUCCACCAGGUUCUUAUCCAGUUUCUCAAGAACUCCCGCCUUAUUUGAACCCGAGCACCUAUCGGCUGAUCCGGAGUACUUAAAGUCAGCAUGAGGACUGUACAACAAACACAGUAUACUGGUAGCUGGAGGGAAGGAAGAACAGAGAUUCGUAUUUUCUGUGUGGCACUUCAUCUGUAUGUAAAUUCUAACCCAAAACUCACCUCAAGGGAGGAACAGAUCUGGUGGGCCUGUAUAGAAACUGACAGCCAUUUCUCCUAAUCGGUGUAUUUCACAUUUUGUUCCUUCUCCCCCUUGAUCUUGGACUUUUUGUGUGAAACAUGCAUAUUCCUUCAGGUUUUUUCAGCUUCAGGUUUCUUAAGAAGUAUCUCGAGAAAUUAAACCUCAGUUUCAAUUAGGAGAGAUCGCACGACUGGUACAUUUCUCAUUUAGCCAUCAUUAGAAAUGGCAUUAUGCUGCAUGAACAGUAGGUGGCAGCAGUAUUAUUGCUAUACUCUGAAAGAGUUUGCCAAACAAAAGUAUUCUUAAAUCACUGUUCUAAAAUGAUCCUUUAUUCCUGUAUUGAUUUAAUACAGCACGUAUUUACUUCAAAUUUGUAAGAAAUGUUUUUAUUUAUUUCUAUAAAGGCUGUGGUUACCUUUGCCAUGGCAACCAUGUUGAUCUUUUGAACUCUUUUUAAGUUUUUGGAAAAACCCCAGCUUUCUAUUAAGCUCCUUUCAAGCAGACACACACACAUGCAAACAAAGUACACUUUAGUAAUUCUUUAUCAUCUAAAGAAUUGAUAUAAAAUUUAUCAUUUAUCAUCAUAAACAUUUCAAAACUCUGAAAUUGGUGAUACAACUUUGUCCAUAUGCAGUAAGUGCUGUGUAUAAUGUGUCAUUGUGCCUUAUUGUAGUAAUAUGUAACUACAGGGAGAAGCUGAUUGGCUGAUACACUCUUUGUUCUGAUUAGGUUUUUGGCUAAAUUCAUUACUUUUUAGGUUUCAUUGUAGAAACAAAGAAAUUCUAGUAAUCGUAUCCAAACCCAGCUGAAGAAAAAUGUGUUGUCCUGUUUGUAAAAUUGCAUUCUGAAUGAUUUAUUUCCAUAUUGCAUUAAAUAUGUUUUCCUGCUUCUCUGAAUUGUAAUUCAAAGCCAGCCAUGUCCAGCAUAACUCUGUACAUAAUGGGCAUGUGAAAAAAGAUUUCUGCAAGUGUUUUUAUAGUUUCCUUCCUCGACUUGGUACCCUUAAAAUACCGCAACAUAGUAAACUAUGCAUGCCUUUUUUAAAAAAAAUAUUUCAAUGUAUAUAUUCUCUGAUAAAUAUAAGCUUCGUGCUCUCUUGACAUUUAAGUGUUUUAUUGCACUCCUGUUCUCUUUGACAGUAUUUUCUCACACAGCAUUCCUCUGUUUGUUAAUAUUUAAUUUUUCCCCUCAAGUUUUCUUUUUUUUAAUUUUUUUGGCAGAACUUCUAAAUACAUUUCAAUAUGUGUACAUAUGUUUUGUAUAUGCAUUUUUCAGUUUUCUCUCCCCAGACAUGUUUGAAGCUGUUGUACUUGCUCAUUAUGCAAUAAAGCCUUAUUUUCUUUAAAA